GUGGCAUCGUGCUUCUCACCAAAACAUCAACAAUAAUAAUUGUGUUUACUUUUUACCACGACUAAGAUCUAUAGCAGAGCAUUUUACACUUCUCUACUUCAGAGGUUCAGCAUUUCACCGUUCUUGGCCGUUCAAUAUUUCUAUUAAACGAGAAGCUACUUUUUUUAUUUUUUAAGAUUUGAUUCGUGAUUUUUGGUCUAUUUUCUAAGGUCGGAGAUUAAGUGAUACCCCGAGAUUUCUAAAAUAGUAUAAUCAUGACUUUUGAUUCAUCUUGGGAUGUCGAUAAAUACAGAUCUGAACAUGAAUAUGAAGAUCAUUGGCAGUUUAGGCGCCAGUUUUUAGUUGCUCAUCAAGACAAAUUCCCGGAAGAUCGAUUAGUGUGUUUAGCUCAAGUGUUUUUUAAUGUUGAGUUUUUAGGAUGCCAGUACCCUAAGAAAGUCAUGGACCUUAUUGAAACACUAUCUGAAGGUUUAGCUGAUGACUUAAGAGAAAAACGUAAAGGAAAAUUACAAAGAACCUUUGUUGCAGCCUCAGAUGCUGCUGAAGCUAAAGCUAAACGCUGAAACUAUGACAACACUACAUGUCAAAUAAAUAUCAACCGACUACCAGAUAUUUACUUAUAUGUUUAUAAUUAUCGUACUAUUAAGAAUGAUAAAACAAAUUGAAUUAAAAUUGAAAAAUUAUUUAUUAAUUUAAAUAAUUCACUAGAGGUUUGGUUGUUGCAUAUUCCAAAAAUGUGUUACAUCUCAUUGUGUGCAUUAUAAUCAAUUCAUUAUGUACAAUUUUUUUUUCUAAUGAAUUGAAUACUUGUAACAAUAAGAAUAUAAUAUAAUUAAAAUUUAUAUUUCAAACAUUGUUUGUUUUGAAUAAAAAUCUGGUUUUUAAA